UUUCGUUUGUUGAAAGGAAGCAAGAAUCGCUCUUCUUCUGCCACUUCCCCUUCUCUUCGCUGGGAGAACGGUGCAAGCCACAGGCGAGAGGUGCUUCCCCAUUCCCGAUUCCUUCAUCCUCGCGCCCAUCGCUCCCUCUCGAUCCUUUGAUUCUCGCCAAUCCGCCGUUUUGUCCCCUCGAUCGGCCGAUCCCGAGGUUUCCCCUCCGUUUGAUCACUUCGACAUGAAUCAGAGGUUGAAGCUGCAGCAGCAGCAGGCCCUGAUGCAGCAGGUCAUGCUCCAGCAGCAGCAGCAGCAGCAGAUUUACCAUUCCGGGGUCUUGGCUGCCGCCAUGUCGCAGAUAGAACCUGUUCCAAGUGGCAAUCUUCCGCCUGGUUUUGAUCCAUCCACAUGCCGCAGUGUAUAUGUGGGCAAUAUCCAUCAAAAUGUGACAGAGAGCCUGCUUGCAGAAGUUUUUCAAAGUGUUGGUCCACUUGAAGGAUGCAAACUAAUCAGAAAAGAAAAGUCUUCUUUUGGGUUUGUUGAUUACCAUGAUCGAAGAUCUGCAGCUCUUGCAAUCAUGUCAUUGCACGGACGACAGAUAUAUGGCCAGGCAAUCAAGGUGAAUUGGGCAUAUGCCAGUGGUCAAAGGGAAGACACUUCUGGACAUUACCAUAUUUUUGUUGGUGACUUAAGUCCUGAGGUCACUGAUGCAACACUUUUUGCAUGCUUCUCAGUGUACCCUAAUUGUUCUGAUGCACGGGUUAUGUGGGAUAAUAAAACUGGGCGCUCUAGAGGAUUUGGCUUUGUUUCUUUUCGCAACCAACAGGAUGCUCAAAAUGCUAUUAACGACAUGACUGGCAAAUGGCUUGGAAGCCGACAAAUAAGGUGCAAUUGGGCAACCAAGACUACUGGAGAAGACAAACCACAAAGUGAGGAUCAUAAUGCAGUUUUUUUGACCGAAGGAAGUAGCAACCCUGGAACAGAUGGUGCCCAAGAGAGUACAAAUGAAAUGAUCCCUGAGAACAACCCUGCAUACACAACAGUGUAUGUCGGUAAUCUGGCCCAUGAGGUAACACAAACUGAGCUUCAUCUCCAAUUCCAUAUUCUAGGGGCUGGUGUGAUCGAGGAAGUGAGGAUACAAAGGGAUAAAGGAUUUGGAUUCGUGAGAUAUGGUAGCCAUGACGAAGCUGCUUUAGCCAUUCAAAUGGCUAAUGGAAGGAUAGUUUGUGGAAAAUCAAUGAAAAUCCAAUUACUCUUGCAGUGUUCUUGGGGCACCAAGCCAACUCCACCAGGAACAGCUUCUAAUCCACUACCGCUUCCCAUUCCCCCAUUUCAGCUUGUUCCGAUGCCAGAUCUCCAAGGUUUUACAGCUACUGAGCUCCUGGCGUAUCAGCGUCAACUGGCUUUAAGCCAGGCGGCUGCUGGAGCAAUGGUUGGCCAACAUGGACUUGCUGCUGCACAGGCUCCAGCAGGGAUUGGUGGUUCUCAGGUGAUCUAUGAAGGUUACCCCAAUCUUUCAUCUGCUCAACAGCUUCUGUACUACGACUAAAGAAUGUGAUUUUUUGAGAAUUAUACAAGCCAUCAUCCAUUUUUAUUUUUUUAUUUUUGGCAUGACAAGACAAUUAUUAUUUGCACUUAUUUUGAGUUUUG